AAAACUACCGGAUGAUAAUAUUACUGAUAAUUUGAAUAUUAAUAUAUUAAAAUUAAUAUUAUUGAAUAAAUAUAUCUUCAUGAUCUUAUAAACAUAUAAUUAUACAACUAUAGAUGACUUUUUAUAAUGCAGAACAACAGAAUGAAUGAUAAGGUAUCAUUUGCGUUUAAUUCUAGCCGAUCAUCAUCUUCAAGAUCAUCAGCUAUACCUCCUCCGCCUAAUAGUGGUAUAAGUAAACAAGGAUAUUCUACUCUUAAUGCUAUAAAUCAUUCAGCAAUUUCAUCAACUUGGGGAGUCCCUAAGAAACGAGCAAAAACCGAAGAAGAAUAUUUUGAAGAAGAAGAUGAGCACCAACAUUCACAACUUGAUUACAUCCCAGCACCUGAUAGUCCAACAAAUAAAAAGUCUUUUACUGAUUCUGACUCAUCUGAAGACCCUCUAGAUGCAUUUAUGGAAGAUUUAGAAAAAGAAGUAAAAAAAGAAAAAAAUUCUACUAAAAAGAAGGGGACAGAAGAAGAAAAAGGAAUAAGACAAGAUAUUGAAGAUGAAGAUGUAGAAGAAUCUUAUUACCGAUAUAUGGAGGAAAAUCCAACUGCAGGACUAGUCGAUGAUACAUCAGACAUUGAAAUAGAUUAUGAUGAAGAUGGUAAUCCAAUAGCACCUCCCAAGAAAAAAGAAAUCGAUCCUCUGCCUCCUAUUGAUCAUUCAUUACUAGAAUAUAAAAGUUUUGAAAAAAAUUUUUAUGUUCCUCAUAGUGAAAUAUCAGCAUUAAGUGUUGAUAAAGUAGUAAAUCUUCGUAAAACACUUGGAUUACGAGUAAAUGGAGCUGAUUUACCUUAUCCUGUUUCAUCUUUUGCUCAUUUUAACUUUGAUGAAACUUUAAUGAAAGCUAUUCGUAAAUCAGAGUUUACACAACCAACUCCUAUUCAAGCUCAGGCCAUACCAGCUGCAUUAUCUGGAAGAGAUAUUAUUGGAAUUGCUAAAACUGGUAGUGGUAAAACAUUAGCAUUUAUUUGGCCUAUGUUAAUACAUAUUAUGGAUCAGCCUGAAUUGAAGGAAGGUGAUGGACCUAUUGGACUAAUAUUAGCUCCCACUAGAGAAUUAUCACAACAAAUUUAUACUGAAGUAAAAAAAUUUGGAAAAAUAUAUAAUUUAAGAGUAGUUUGUUGUUAUGGUGGUGGUUCUAAAUGGGAACAAUCCAAAGCUCUUGAAGAUGGUACCGAAAUAAUUGUUGGUACUCCAGGCAGAGUUAUUGACUUAGUCAAAAUGAAUGCAACUAAUUUAACUCGUGUAACAUACCUUGUUUUGGAUGAAGCUGAUAGAAUGUUUAAUAUGGGCUUUGAACCUCAAGUUCGGUCUAUAUGUGAUCAUGUGAGACCAGAUAGACAAACAUUAUUGUUUUCAGCUACUUUCAAAAGAAAAAUUGAAAAACUUGCUCGUGACAUACUGACUGAUCCAAUACGUAUCAUUCAAGGAGAUAUUGGUGAAGCCAAUACUGAUGUUACUCAAAUUAUGUUAGUAAUGCCACAAAAUGAUAAAUGUCAAUGGCUUUUAAAUAAUAUAGUACAAUUUCAAUCAGCUGGAUCAAUUCUCAUUUUUGUCACUAAAAAAUUCGAUGCUGAACAACUAGCAAAUACUUUGACUGUAAAAGAAUAUCAAGUUCUACUAUUACAUGGUGACAUGGACCAAGCAGAAAGAAACAAAGUAAUAACAAAAUUUAAAAAACAAGAAGUCAAUAUAUUGGUAGCAACUGAUGUUGCUGCAAGAGGUCUAGACAUUGCUCAUAUUAAGACUGUUAUAAACUAUGAUAUUGCACGAGAUAUUGACACUCAUACUCAUCGUAUUGGAAGGACAGGUCGUGCUGGUGAAAAAGGUACAGCUUUUACUCUUGUAACAUCUAAAGAUUUUGAAUUUGCUGGCCAUUUAGUCAGAAGUUUAGAAGGUGUUGGCCAGGAAGUUCCCACACCACUACUGGAUCUUGCUAUGCAGAGCUCUUGGUUUCGAAAAAGUCGCUUUAAAGGUGGUAAAGGUAAAUCUGUUAAUGCAGGUGGUGCUGGACUUGGAUAUCAAGAGCCAUCUGGUUCCAAUAAAUACUCUAAUUCUAGUUCAUACCAAUGCCCAAAACCAGCUGCUACUCAAAAAGCUGCUGGACCUGGAGCAGGUAGACUUAUGGCUCUAAAAGAAGCAUUUAAAAUGCAAUAUCAAAAUCAGUUUAGAGCUAGUGAAGACCAUACAUGGGAACAAACUGUUGGAUCUGACCCUUCAGCUUCGGUUAAAGUUCACACUGGACCCCUUAAAGAACGCAAGGCAAAAAAAAAUCGAUGGGAUAACUAAUGCAAAUAUUAUGAUACUUUUUUUACUUGUUUUAUGUACCUUAAGACUAAUUGUGUUAGUUUUAAACAUAUAAAAUUUAAUACAUUUUUUUUUUUGCAUUUUAAAAUGUAUAACUAACAAAAUAAAGCUAUAGAAAAAGUAUAAUUGAAAAAAAUGUUUAAAAAAGUAAAUAUAAUGAAUUAAAAAUUUUACAUUUUGCUGAAAAU